CUCACACAUUCUUCUUCCUGUUUGUGAAACUUGGUCUUCUUAACAGCACAGACUCAGGCCUGAGAGCAGAUCAUGCCGUGGAACCAUCUCCAUACCUGGCUAAAUGUUGUGGGUUUUGGGCUGCUGCUUCUUCUUAUCCAUGUGCAGGGUCAAGACUCAUCAGAGACCAGCCCCAUCAGAAACACACAUACAGGCCAAGUCCGAGGCAGCCUGGUUCACGUGAAGGACACUAAAGCUGGUGUCCACACCUUCCUGGGAAUUCCCUUUGCCAAGCCUCCUGUAGGACCACUGCGCUUCAAACCUCCUCAGGACCCUGAACCAUGGAGUGGUGUGAGAGAUGGGACCUCACAGCCGGCCAUGUGUCUGCAAAAUCAUGAUAUGCUGAAUGAAGCAGGCAUACCGGAUAUGAAAAUGAUCCUGUCUUCCCUCCCUAUGUCUGAGGACUGCCUGUAUCUCAACAUCUACACACCAGCCCAUGCCCGUGAGGGCUCUAACCUGCCUGUGAUGGUGUGGAUCCACGGAGGUGCACUGGUUAUAGGAAUGGCUUCCAUGUGUGAUGGAUCUCUACUGGCAGUCAAUGAGGACUUGGUGCUUGUCACUAUUCAGUACCGUCUGGGUGUCCUGGGCUUUUUCAGCACUGGAGAUGAGCACGCCAGAGGCAACUGGGGAUACUUGGACCAAGCAGCCGCCCUACGCUGGGUCCAGCAGAACAUCGCCCACUUUGGUGGCGACCCUCACCGUGUCACUAUUUUUGGCGAAUCUGCAGGUGGUGCUAGUGUGUCUUCACUUGUUGUAUCCCCCAUGUCCCAAGGGCUCUUCCAUGGAGCCAUCAUGGAGAGUGGAGUGGCGGUGCUUCCUGGCCUUAUCUCUGACACCUCUGAGAUGGUCCAUACUACGGUGGCCAAGCUCUCUGGAUGUGAGGCCAUGGACUCAGAGGCCCUGGUGCACUGUCUGAGAGGCAAGAGUGAAACAGAGAUUGUGGCUAUUAACAAGGUCUUCAAGUUGAUCCCCGCUGUGGUGGAUGGGGAGUUCCUGCCCAGGCAUCCCAAAGAGUUGUUAGCAUCUGAGGAUUUUCACCCGGUCCCCAGCAUCAUUGGUGUCAACAAUGAUGAGUACGGUUGGACCCUUCCUAUGGUCAUGGGCUCUGCUCAGACAAUAAAGGAAAUAACCAAAGAGAACCUGCAGGCUGUUCUGAAAGAUACAGCCACACAAAUGAUGCUGCCUCCAGAGUGUAGUGACCUGCUAAUGGAAGAGUACAUGGGGAACAUUGAGGACCCAGAUACCCUCCAAGCUCAGUUCAGAGAGAUGAUGGCAGACUUCACGUUCGUGAUCCCGUCUCUCCAAGUAGCACAUUUUCAACGUCCCCAUGCACCUGUCUACUUCUAUGAGUUCCAACAUGCACCCAGCUACUUCAAGGAUGUCAGGCCACCCCACGUGAAGGCUGACCAUGCUGAUGAGGUUCCUUUCAUCUUUGGGUCCUUCUUCUGGGGCAUGAAACUUGACCUCACUGAGGAGGAGAAGCUGCUGAGCAAGAGGAUGAUGAAAUACUGGGCCAACUUUGCAAGACAUGGGAACCCCAACAGCGAGGGUCUACCCUACUGGCCUGUGAUGGACCAAGAUGAGCAGUACCUGCAGCUGAACACCCAGCCUGCUGUGGGCCGAGCCCUGAAGGCCAGAAGGCUGCAGUUCUGGACCAAGACUCUGCCCCAGAAGAUCCAGGAGCUAAAAAGGACUCAGAAAAACCAUGCAGAGCUGUAGUGUUCGGUAUCAGGAAAGGAGUGUAGGAGUGAGGGAAGACAUGUUUGAGAAAUGCUCUGUGGGGCUGGAGAGAUGGCUUAGCAGUUAAGAGCACUGACUGCUCUUCCGAAGGUCCUGAGUUCAAAUCCCAGCAACCACAUGGUGGCUCACAAGGAUCUGUAAUGCAAUCUGACGCCCUUUUCUGGUGUGUCUGAAGACAGCUACAGUGUACUUAUAUAUAAUAAAUAAAUAAGCCUUAAAAAAAAAGAAA